CACUCUCUCUGCACGUGCCAUUACCUGCAUCUCUCACGUGCCGCUGCUUCUAUCUAUUAGUUGCCCUCUCAUCUCUGCCGCAUUGCAGCUUUUUCUCUCAAGGGUUUUAACCCCAUUGGAGUGGAACAAAGAAACCAGACCCUUCUCUGCCCACUGAUCUUCUCUCUUUCUGUCUCAACAAUCUCUCUUCUUUCUUCUUCUUCUUCUGAAAAAAAAAAAAAAACCAUCCAAUAUUCUUACACACAGAGAGUCAGAGAGAAAUGGAGAUUGGCGGGAACAUGUUUGGUCAGAGCAACGUUAACAGGGGGCAGAACAGUAAUAAUCCAAAUAUUGGCUGGGAUAUCAGCUGGGAGCUCAGUACUUCGAGGCUGGAUUGGGGAAAUAAUAGUGGCAACACGCUGUACUCCAGCGCAGCCACCGCCGCAGCAGCGGCGGGGAGUUCAAGCGCGACGCGUGAAGAGGGGAGUGCGGCCCACGCGCCGUUUUUCUUUCACCACGGCGAUAGUAUCGGUCUACACGGCCACCAGCCAUUGCACUACCAGCAGGAGCAGCAAGCCACUCUCUACGGCACCGGAGAUGGGUCCCAGCGCCAUCCGGACCCACACCUGGUGUGCUUGAAUCUGGGCAAGAGGCACUACUUCGAGGACGCUGCCCAUCUGGGUGAUCGCCACGUGGCCAGGUCGUCAUCUGUAGGCAAGAGAGGCAAACCCUACACCACCACCAGUACUGAUCAUAGAGGUAGUACUGGUGGUGGUGGGCCUUCCUCCUCUUCCUCGUCCUUGCCGGCGACGGUGCCAAGAUGCCAGGUGGAGGGUUGCCACGUGCCGCUUCUGAACGCCAAGGAUUACCACCGGAGGCACAAGGUCUGUGAAAUGCACUCAAAGGCUCCCCGGGUCGUCGUUCUAGGGUUAGAACAGCGCUUCUGUCAGCAGUGUAGCAGGUUUCAUGCGGUGUCAGAAUUCGACGACUCGAAGAGGAGCUGCAGGAGGAGAUUAGCGGGGCACAACGAGCGAAGAAGGAAGAGCGCUCAUGAUUCUGCUAACAGGAACACUUCUCAAGGUGGGGGAUUUCCAUACUUAUCAUCACCGACAGGACGUGCUCUCUCUCUUCUGUCAUCCAAGACCGAUUCCUGGGUUUCUCCUGCUGAUAUCUCCUCAAGAUCCAGUGCAGCACUUCGUGAACUGAUAGCAGAACACCGGGCAACCAUCAUGGCCGGGCCGCUCAUUUUCGAUCGGGACCGGUAUACAGAAAACCACGGAAUGGAGGAUCUAGGCAGCACCCAACGGAGGUCUAACUCCGUCAUACCGAACCAGCACCAAAUGUUUCCCGAGCAACAUAGUUGGAAUCGGUACCAUGAAAGUGACACUCAAUUGACACUAGAUCUCAUGCAGGCUUCUAGCUCGGCAUUUGGAUUACUGUCUGUGAGGGGAAAGAGUAAGGAAGAGGAAGAAGAGUGUUCUGAUCUAUGGAACUCCUUUCAUGGAGCCCAUGAAAUCUGAUUUUUUUUGUUUUUUUAGCUGUAUCUUUCAGUGUGAGGACAUAUAGAGAUUUGUAGGAUAGUUUUUUUAAGCUGUAUAAUUCAUGUGAUCAUUUUUUAUUUUUGUUGCUUCAUAAGUUUCAUGAUCUUAUCAAUCAGUACGGAUAUUGUGUAUAGAAUAAUAU